CCUUUACCUUUCUGUCUCCCCCCUGACCUGUUCAACAGACCUUUACCUUUCUGUCUCCCCCCUGACCUGUUCAACAGACCUUUACCUUUCUGUCUCCCCCCUGACCUGUACAACAGACCUUUACCUUUCUGUCUCCCCCCUGGCCUGUUCAACAGACCUUUACCUUUCUGUCUCCCCCCUGACCUGUUCAACAGACCUUUACCUUUCUGUCUCCCCCCUGGCCUGUUCAACAGACCUUUACCUUUCUGUCUCCCCCCUGGCCUGUUCAACAGACCUUUACCUUUCUGUCUCCCCCCUGGCCUGUUCAACAGACCUUUACCUUUCUGUCUCCCCCCUGGCCUGUUCAACAGACCUUUACCUUUCUGUCCCCCCCCUGGCCUGUUCAACAGACCUUUACCUUUCUGUCUCCCCCCUGACCUGUUCAACAGACCUUUCUGUCUCCCCCCCGACCUGUUCAACAGACCUUUACCUUUCUGUCUCCCCCCUGGCCUGUUCAACAGACCUUUACCUUUCUGUCUCCCCCCUGACCUGUUCAACAGACCUUUCUGUCUCCCCCCUGGCCUGUUCAACAGACCUUUACCUUUCUGUCUCCCCCCUGACCUGUUCAACAGACCUUUACCUUUCUGUCUCCCCCCUGACCUGUUCAACAGACCUUUCUGUCUCCCCCCUGGCCUGUUCAACAGACCUUUACCUUUCUGUCCCCCCCCCUGACCUGUUCAACAGACCUUUACCUUUCUGUCUCCCCCCUGACCUGUUCAACAGACCUUUACCUUUCUGUCUCCCCCCUGGCCUGUUCAACAGACCUUUACCUUUCUGUCUCCCCCCUGACCUGUUCAACAGACCUUUACCUUUCUGUCUCCCCCCCCCCCCCCCCCUGACCUGUUCAACAGACCUUUACCUUUCUGUCUCCCCCCUGACCUGUUCAACAGACCUUUACCUUUCUGUCUCCCCCCCUGACCUGUUCAACAGACCUUUACCUUUCUGUCUCCCCCCUGACCUGUUCAACAGACCUUUCUGUCUCCCCCCUGGCCUGUUCAACAGACCUUUACCUUUCUGUCUCCCCCCUGGCCUGUUCAACAGACCUUUACCUUUCUGUCUCCCCCCUGACCUGUUCAACAGACCUUUCUGUCUCCCCCCUGGCCUGUACAACAGACCUUUCUGUCUCCCCCCUGACCUGUACAACAGACCUUUACCUUUCUGUCUCCCCCCUGGCCUGUUCAACAGACCUUUACCUUUCUGUCUCCCCCCUGGCCUGUUCAACAGACCUUUACCUUUCUGUCUCCCCCCCCCUGACCUGUUCAACAGACCUUUACCUUUCUGUCUCCCCCCUGGCCUGUACAACAGACCUUUCUGUCUCCCCCCUGACCUGUACAACAGACCUUUACCUUUCUGUCUCCCCCCUGGCCUGUUCAACAGACCUUUACCUUUCUGUCUCCCCCCUGGCCUGUUCAACAGACCUUUACCUUUCUGUCUCCCCCCCCCCUGACCUGUUCAACAGACCUUUACCUUUCUGUCUCCCCCCCUGACCUGUUCAACAGACCUUUACCUUUCUGUCUCCCCCCUGACCUGUUCAACAGACCUUUACCUUUCUGUCUCCCCCCUGGCCUGUUCAACAGACCUUUACCUUUCUGUCUCCCCCCUGGCCUGUUCAACAGACCUUUCUGUCUCCCCCCUGACCUGUUCAACAGACCUUUACCUUUCUGUCUCCCCCCUGGCCUGUUCAACAGACCUUUACCUUUCUGUCUCCCCCCUGACCUGUACAACAGACCUUUACCUUUCUGUCUCCCCCCUGACCUGUUCAACAGACCUUUACCUUUCUGUCUCCCCCCUGGCCUGUUCAACAGACCUUUACCUUUCUGUCUCCCCCCUGGCCUGUUCAACAGACCUUUCUGUCUCCCCCCUGGCCUGUUCAACAGACCUUUACCUUUCUGUCUCCCCCCUGACCUGUUCAACAGACCUUUCUGUCUCCCCCCUGGCCUGUUCAACAGACCUUUACCUUUCUGUCUCCCCCCUGACCUGUUCAACAGACCUUUACCUUUCUGUCUCCCCCCUGACCUGUUCAACAUACCUUUACCUUUCUGUCUCCCCCCUGACCUGUUCAACAGACCUUUACCUUUCUGUCUCCCCCCUGACCUGUUCAACAGACCUUUACCUUUCUGUCUCCCCCCUGGCCUGUACAACGUUCUGUCCCCCCACCCCCUACACACACACACAGACACACAUUUGAGAUUCUGUCAAGAGAUGAAGACAGGUUCAGGCAGGAGCUGUCUCAGUGUAAAGUUUGUU